AUGAGGGAUGCUCAGUUUCAAACUGCGCUCAGAAGGUGGCUGGAUGUCAUCCUGCAGCUGCCUGAGUCCUGCUCAGUUGUGGUGCAGCUGAAACAGUUGACAGAUGUUUCAAGCAGGUUGAGAAUGAUGAGAGAUUUGUUCGUUAAGAAGGCACCUCAGACGCUUCUCAAACGCUGCCAUUCCUUCUUGCGUUUUGUGCAGUACUUGAAAGAUGCUGGUGAAUUUUUUCCUGGAACAGAAAGUGGCUUGUCUGGGUUUCUGUGCGAUUUGCGCACGUCCGGAGCCCCUACAUCAAACAUACAGAGCAUCAUGCAGUCUUUGAACUUUGCACAGCAUGUCAUUGGUCUACCAGAACUCAUACCUCUGACCAUGUCGAAACGUUGCCUGGGUUCUGCUGGAAAGCGCAAUGAGGGACCCAGGAAACAGGCCAGUCCGUUCAGGCUGGAUGAAAUGCGGACUCUGCAUGAAGUUUUGCAUGAUGUUUCAGAGGACACUUGGACCCGCGUUUUUGUUGGGACAGUGCUCAUGGCCAUCUACAGUCGCAGCAGAUGGUCUGACCUGCAGCACGCCGAGAGCUUGGACCUGGACAUCAACUUUUUUGGAGAGAUUUCAUAUGUUGAAUUGAAGAUCACCAAUCACAAAUGUCAGGAGUCUACUGCUUUCAGGAAUAUUUUUCUCUGUGCAGUUGCGCCCGGAGUUGGCGUGUGUGAACAACCCUGGAUCUCUGUGUGGAUGAGCGUCAGGGAGGCUCUUGGCAUCAGCUUCAAGGCAGGCCAUCCUACCUUGCCUGCCCCAGACUCAGAUGGCAGGCCGACUCGAAGGCCGCUGUAUACAGAUGAGAUGAAACAGUGGAUCAAUUUGGUAUUGACAAACAGAGGUCACAUUUCAUUCAUGAAAUCUGCAGUUGUCUACAGCCGGGAUGCUAUGGCGCGCCCCUUGCGCAUCCUGGAGGCUCUGCUCUUGGACAUUAGGCUGUCUCGCUUUUUGCCGGAUGAGACUCGGAGUGGGCGUUUCAGAGAUGGGCCCAUGGCCCCAGUUGGAGCUGAUUUGGAAAGUGCAGUCGCCCCCUCAGAUGAUGGGACACCUUUUUCAGCUGGUUUGGCAAGGAGUGCAUCACAUGUUAGUGCGCCUGGUCUUGACGUUUGGCAGAUGAUUUCUGAUGUCCCGGCUUCUGGUGUGACUGAUGCAGAAAUUAUCAACAUCAACAGCAGUGGUGAUGAACACAUCAAGGAGGAGCCUCAGGCCAGCUCAAGCGAGUCAGAUGCCCUGACGACUUCUUCCAGUGAAGAUGAAGCAGGCGCAAGCCAUACAGGAGCAGCUAGGCCUGUGAAGCUACCAUCGAUCCCGGAAAGCUUGAAGUUGAUUCAGCAUGUGAAAUACAAAACUUUGCACUUGAUGGAACGACAGAACUUUCGAGUCAUGUUAUGUGGCCGUGUUGCUGUUGAAGCAAGAUAUGAACCAGCCACCAGUGCACGCUUUGACACUCCGUGCUGCCACACCUGCUGGAAGCGCAAGGCGGAGUACGAGGGCUAA